UAAUUUUUUGUUUUGGCCCCCUGUAAAGUUGGUGAAUAUCACUUACGCACUUCUGGUUCUCACCCCUCAAGAUUUUACAGUACAGUAUUGCCCCAUAGUUUUGCACACGUCUCUCAAACACAAACCAGGAAACUGCUUCACCUUUUCUGGUAAGAGAAAGUGAAAGUGAAGUGCUGUAGACGGACACUCAGUCUCUGUUUGGACACGAUGGCAGAAGCCAGUAUUCCAGUGGCUCAGGAUCAGUUCACGUGUCCAGUGUGUCUGGAUCUGCUGAAGGAUCCAGUGACGACUGCCUGUGGACACAGUUACUGUAAGAGCUGCAUUACAGACUGCUGGAAUGAGGAGGAUCAGAAGGGAGUCUACAGCUGCCCUCAGUGCAGACAGACCUUCAGUCCCAGACCUGCUGUAGCUACAAAUGUACUGCUGGCUGAAAUGCUGGAGAAACUGAAGAUCACGAGACUCCGAACAGCUGGAUCUGAAGAUGUGCAGUGUGACGUCUGUACUGGGACCAAACACAAAGCUGUCAAGUCCUGUCUGGUGUGUCUGAACUCUUACUGUCAGAAUCACCUUGAGCAACACGAGAGUUUAUUCAGAAAUAAGAAACACAAACUGACUGACGCCACUGGACGACUGCAGGAGAUGAUCUGCACAAAACACGACGAACAACUAAAACUCUACUGUCGAACCGACCAGCGCUGCAUUUGUUUACUGUGUAUGGUGGAUGAACACAAGAACCAUGAGACUGUGACGGUUGAAGCAGAGAGGACAGAGAAACAGAGGAUUCUGAAAGAGACGCAAAUGAAAUAUCGCCAGAGAAUCCAGGAAGGAGAGAAAGAGUUUGAGGAGCUGAGAAAGACUGUGGACUCUUAUAAGCGCUCUGCACAGACAGCAGUGGAGGACAGUGAGAGGAUCUUUACUGAGCUCAUCCGCUCCAUUGAGAGAAGCCGCUCUGAGCUGAUACGGCUGAUCAGAGAUCAGGAAAAGCGAGCGCUGAGUCGAGCUGAAGGACGACUGGAGCGACUGGAGCAGGAGAUCAAUGAUCUGAGGAGGAGAGACGCUGAGCUGGAGCAGCUUUCACACACACAGGAUCACAUCCACUUCCUGCAGAGUUUCCAGUCUUUCUCUGUCCCUCCUGAAUCUACAGACAAACCCAUCAUCAUCAGUUCUCACUUCUCUUUCAAUGAUGUGGGAAAAUCAGUCUCUAAACUGAAAGAAAAACUGGAGGAUUUCUGCAAAGAAGAGAUUGAACAGAUAUCUGGCAGAGUAAUAUACAGUGAAAUUAUUCCCCUCAAAGAACCGAAGACCAGGCCAGAGUUUCUGCAGUAUUGCAGGUUUCUGACUCUGGAUCCAAACACAGUGUAUAAACACAUCCAUCUGUCUGAGGGAAACAGAGCAGCUACUAACACUGGCACAGCCCAGCCGUAUCCUGAUCAUCCACACAGAUUUGAUCAUUAUUAUCAGGUGUUGUGUAGAGAGAGUGUGUGUGGACGCUGUUACUGGGAAAUGGAGUGGAGUGGAUAUGUGCGUAUAUCAGCGUCAUAUAAGAGCAUCAGCAGGAAGGGACAAGGUCAUGAGUGUUUAUUUGGAUCUAAUGAUCGGUCCUGGUGUUUGUACUGCACGCCUAACAGUUACAUAUUCACACACAAAAACAUCGAGACUGUUCUCCCUGUAAAGCCUAUCCGCUGUUGUAGAAUAGGAGUGUAUGUGGAUGAGAGAGCAGGAACUCUGUCCUUCUACAGCGUCUCUGACACAGUGAGCCUCAUCCACACAGUCCAGACCACAUUCACUCAGAUGCUCUAUCCUGGGUUUAAUGUUUUUACUGGAUCAUCAGUGAAACUGUGUGACCUAACUGCAGCAAAAUGACACAGUUUGCAACUUGACUUCUGAACAUCUGACUAGAGACUUAACUUAGAUUUGAAGAGAGACUCAUGAAAACAAAUGUAAUUUUGUGUCACAAUCCUAGUCUUGUGUUCUCUGAGGUCCACUUGUUAUAAUGAUUUUACAUCAAAAACAUCUAGUAUUGGGUUCGGGUCCACCUAAGUCAAGUCCGAGUCGAGUGCGAGUUUUUAACCAGUCGAGUCCGAGAUGAGUCAGAGUCCAAAAUGGGCCGAGUCGGACUCAAGUCCGAGUCCCAAAGGGCCGAGCCUGAGUCGUGUCCGAGUCCAAGUAAACACUACUGUUCGUCAGUAUCUUAACAUUGUUUUAACCCAGGGGUGCCCAAACUCGUUCCUGGAGGUCUGGUGUAGUACAGAGUUUAACUCCAGCCCCAAUUAAACACCUGAACCAGCUAAUCAAGCUCUUACUAGGCAUACUAGAAACCCCCUGGCAGGGUUGUGGCUAGAAGGAUACAGCUCCGACCGGAAACUAACAAUGAAAUGAAUUGUUCUACCUAUUGGAUUGUGUUUGUUAACGUCUACACAUACCCCAACCCUAAACUUAGCCCUUGCUUUAAUACAAAAACAGUUUUAUUGUUGUACAGUAUGACAAAAAUAAUGUUAGAUUGAUGUGCGCAUGUGAGCUGUAUUCCUUCUAGCCUUAACCCCCUGGGCAGGUGUGUUGAGGCAAACUGGAGCUAAACCAAGAACUAGGGCCGAAUUUGGACACCCCUGUUUUUAACCUUUACAACUAGAAAAACGCAAUGUCAAUUAAAAUGCAAGAAAAGCAAACCUCUAGUGGAUCUUGCCUUUUUGAUUUUUGAUUUCACAACAUCUCAUAAUUAGUGUCCAUACUCUGCUUAGCAAACUUAAAGUCAUGUAACAGAAGUUAUAGCUGACUUAUGUAUUGUAACAUAUUUCAGAGUGAAACAGGUUUUAGAAUGUGAAAAAAUUAUAGGGCGGGACUUGACUUUAUUCAUUGAUAUAGUAAAUGUAUAAAUUCAAGGGUAUCUUCAAGGGGUAAAUGAGUAGGUAUCUUGGUGAAUGGGAACAGAAAAUGCACCUCUUUUAUUUCUGAUUUUGGCUGUGCGUGUUUUGGGUUUUUUUUUUUCUUGGAUGAAAAUGAGGCUGUGAGGGAUAAACCUAGUCUUUACAAUGGUACACACUGUAUAUAAAGCCCUACAUAUACUUCCCGUAAGUGGUUUUGGGCCUGUAAGAUGUGAAAUUAUUUCCUCAUGAAUUUAAAGUCCAGGAACUCUGACAAAAACAGAUGCCAUGCAACAAAACAAUACAACUAAUCUGGAGAAGAGAUCUUCAAAGAGAGCAAACAACCCCACCCCUAUUGCUCACUUACAACCCCUUCCUCCCUCUCCUCUCCCCUCCCUGCAUCUCACUCCUUUCCCCCAAAAGAUUCCACUGAAAGUCACUAAGAAUGUCCAUAUACUACAUGUGUUACAUCUUGUGAAUAUGUUGAAUUUUCCCUUUCAUGUUCGGUAUCGUUCUAAAGGUCUCCAUGCGAUUGGUAGAAUGGUCUCAAUUUCACAGCAGUCACUUAUAUUAUGAGGAUAACUGAACACUGUUGUAGAAUUGUGUUUUGCUGCUGAGGGGUGUGUUUUCCCCUUAGGGUCGGGUGAGAAUCUCCAGCCAGGUGUGACCCUGGGUCAUGAGAUCUCCUGGCAAACCAAAAGGUCUUUAUAUUUUUACAACUGAUUGGAAGAUUUGUUUGUUUUGGUCUGGGUAUAUAAGCGAAGUGACAAAACACUACUUUGGGAUUCUGUAUUCAGAAGAAACCCCACACUGUGUGUGAGAGUCUCUGGAGCUUUGCCUCCAAAUCUCUCACAUGCUGCUGUGUGUCUCUCUGCGGUCAGGUAUGCAUCUCCCACUCUUAGAUUUAUCUUUGAGUAAUUGAUGUUAUGUGUUUAUUUGAAUUGGAACUGAAUUUAAUUCUGAAUUGGAUUCUCAUUGUUAA